AUGGUGGAGAAGUUUUACCUCUACUGGGGUCUUGCUGUCCGAUCUCUCAAUGAAGAUCUCGGCAUGGAAGAUAGGCGUUCAGGAGAUUCCGUCAUUGCUGGGAUAUUGACGCUUCUGCUUGCAGAUGUACAGCACGGAUCAUCGCUCAAUUGGCGAUGCCAUUUAGAUGCCAUUUACAGGCUAAUCAUGCUGCGUGGCGGAUUUUACGCAGUGGCCGAAUCAAAAAGUAUGGAGCCACUGCUCCUUUGCUUUUGGUCCAUUGCAGUGAUGGGGAACACAACAUGUCCCGCAUCAGAUCUCUUCAUGACCACUUUCCAGCUUGGGACUCUCAAAUUUUUGCCACAGCAAUACAUCACUACUGUAUCUCCAAUUCAGUUAUGCCCAGUGCCACUGUUCAUUGAGAUUAUUAGGAUUAACCAUCUUCGCAUGCGGGUUACAAGACCUGAUGCUGCUGACACCGAAGCUUUUCAGAAGGAGAGUUUCGAAAUAUUAGAGCGCAUCAAUUGUUUCUCACCUCAUCGAUUGGCCCAAUCUAGAGGCUCCAAUCAAGAGGUUUGGACAUUAGUUGGUCUGGUGUACCAGGCCGCUGCGGCAUUAUACUGCGUCUUAUCACUUCAAAGCCUCUCAGUUCUUCCCGAGACGCCGGCACUACGAGUCCAAUGCGCCACCCAUGGAAGACUUAUGCAAACGCUUUUGGUGGAAGCACUUGCGUCCAAAAGCCUGAAAAGGUUCAUGAUUUGGCCACUCGUUGUACUUGGGGUGGAAGCUGUUCACGGCGACGCACCUAUGCGCGCUUUUGUUGCCAAGGAACUGUCAGAACUUAGCCAGAGUGUUGGAACCCAUGUGCCCCUUACAGCAAAACGAGUUCUCGGAGAGUUCUGGGCCUCUGGAAAAACUCGCUGGGAUGCCUGCUUUGAUAGACCAGGGGCUCCGGUCUUCUUCACCGUUGCAUUCGCUAUUUCUGCCGUCUUUCACAUUUGGCAAUGCUGGCGCUACAAGGCCUUUAGACUGAUUGGACUGCACUCUGUGUGCGCUGUGCUAUUCACUCUGGGCUUCGCAUUCCGAGAAUACGCUUCAUACCAUUAUAUCUAUACGGGUACUGGAGGGACACCUCUAAUUAUCUUCAUCCUUAGUCAAGUCUUUAUAAAUGUUUGCCCACCACUUCUAGAGCUUUCGAACUACCAUGUCCUCGGCCGAGUGUUUGGUUAUGUGCCACACUGCGCUCCAAUACCGGCCUCUCGAGUUCUACUUACGUUUGGCGGCCUCAUGGGUCUUGUCGAAACCUUGAAUGCUGUGGGGGCUGCUUUAUCUGCUAAUCCCUCGGCAUCACCUAGCCAGCAGAAGCUUGCGAGCAAUUUAUUAAUAGCCGUGCUUGUCAUUCAGCUCGGUGUUAUAGCUACUUUCUUUUGUAUGGCUGCCAUCUUCCACAUGAGGUGCAGAAAAGCUGCCGUCCAAGCCAAAGCGGUCAAAACAAUGUUAACCACUCUUUACAUGAGUAUGAUACUCAUCUUUAUAAGAUGCGUCUACCGCCUGGUAGAACAUACCGGCAAUACAAAGAUAGACAUUGCGGACAUUGAGGCUCUCGAAAAGCUGAGUCCUCUUUUGCGCUACGAAGUCUUCUUCUAUAUCUUCGAGGCGACUCUUAUGUUUCUCAAUUCGGCGAUAUGGAAUGUCUGGAACGCCGGUCGCUUCUUGCCGAGGAACCCUCACACUUAUCUUGCACAAGACGGGACCGAGGCCACGGUGGAAGUAAUACCGGAUAACCGGUCGUUUCUCGCCAAGAUCGCACACGUGCUGACAUUUGGACUGUUGUUCCGCAGAAAGAAUACCGCGGUGAGAUUUGAAGAGUUGGCCGCGUAUGAUAGGAAUGAACAAGCUGGAGCACAGAUACACAAAUAG